GCUGACGUCAUCUUCGUGCGCCUGAUAGGCAGGAGGAGUGACUGCGAACGGCAUGGCUGCAGUAAACAACGUUAAUUUAACAAAGUUACAGUCGUUAAAUGGCAUAUUCGCCAUAUAUAAGAAAACGGGGCCGACGUCUGCAGACGUGUUAAACACGCUGAAGCAAAUGCUGUUAAAAGAGGCUGGUGUAGAUAAACCAAACCCUCGAAAAAGGAAGAAGCAGGCUAUCAAACUGGGCCAUGGUGGGACCCUGGACAGUGCUGCUUCUGGUGUUCUGGUGGUUGGGAUUGGUGAAGGGACCAAGAUGCUCACCUCCAUGCUUGCUGGAUCAAAGAAAUACACAGCUGUAGGAGAGCUGGGCAAAGCAACCGACACCUUUGAUGCUACAGGAAGUGUUGUUCAGGAGAAAAGCUAUGAUCACAUAACAAGAGAGGCUUUUGAAGAGAAGCUGAUGCAGUUCACUGGUGAAAUCAUGCAGGUGCCCCCUCUGUACUCAGCACUGAAAAAAGAUGGCAAGCGCCUUUCUACCUUGCUGAAGGAAGGUCAUGAAGUGGAAGCUAAGCCUGCACGUGCAGUUACAGUAUACAGCCUCUCAUUACAAGACUUUAAUCCCCCACUUUUCACUUUGGAUGUUGAGUGUGGUGGAGGCUUUUAUGUCAGAAGCCUGGUGGAUGAUCUGGGAAAAGCGCUGUCCUCGUGUGCUCAUGUGCGGGAGCUGACCCGGACGAAGCAGGGGCAGUUCACUCUACAAGAACAUGUGUUAAGGGAGGAGCGCUGGACCUUCCACGACAUUUCUGAGGUAUUACAGCCCUGCUCAAAGCCUGCAGCUGUGCACAACACGAGCAAAAAAAGCAAAAAGCAGGACGCGGCCUCCCAGCUCGGCUUGGAAUGCGCUGCUAAAGAUCUCCAUCACAGCAGACCUGAUAAUGUUGGUGAAGACCAUAAAGACAGCAGUGAUUAAAGAGUACUUUGUUGGUGAAAGUCUGAAAGAAAAGUGCUCAGAGCACUAGUUCUGAACAUUUAUGUACAUUUCUGUUGAUUUGUGAAUUCUUUGUUACAUGCUUUAUUUAGUUCGUGACAAAUGGCAACAAAAAGGUUGUCAUGUAAUUAUUCAGUGAGUAAUGGAGAGAAUCAGCUUCACCGCAUCAAAAAGCCCUUCUGAGUUGCACAAGACUUCCUUAUGGUGGAAUUGUUUUAUAACAAUGUUCUGUUGGCUGCCAUCCUCAUCCACCGCAUGUUCCAAAGGCACUGAUACUUGUUUUUCUUGAACCUCAGGCAAUUUGUGGCGAGUCUAAACUGCUCUGAUACUUUUAUGGCCAUGUGCCAUUUGGCAGCUUUUUGUGGUUGUUAUGGUGUAAGAGAGAAAUCGACAUACUUGCAGUGUUUUUCCCCGCUCCUUAAAAAAAAAAAAAAAAACAAA